UAUAAAAUGCUAUUGAAAUGGCCGCACGGACUUCAGUACGUUUUGGGAGAUUCAUGAGAAGAUCUCACAGAAAAAGCUAACACAGAAAAGCCAAAUGAAGCAUUUUUUGCUUUCAUUUGCCAUUUUGGCCGCAAUGGCAAAGAUCAUACAACCGCUGCCGAUUUCCUUUGUACGCAGACCCAUGCAAAAACCAGCCCAAAAUUUCAUCGAUGCUGAAAUUGAAUAUACCGCCUCGCAGGCAGAAAAAACCGCCACGCUGCUGAGAAAUGUCUUGGAACGCUUGCCCACCACAGAGCCAUAUGAGCCGCAUCGCAAAGCCUUGGAAAAACUUCUACAAAAUGCUUUGGAUUUUAAAACGCCCGGUUUGUGUCACAAUAAAAUGAGAGCCUUCUCACGUAGCUGGACUUCUGUUAUGGUUAAAUAUUUACGCCCCGACAGCUCACCACAGCAUGAUGAAAUUCUGGCGCUGCUCGAACAAUACGGCCUGAAAAGUAUGAUGAUGGAGGCGGAACAUUUUCUCGAGCGCAUUGUAAGUGGUGAAAUUGGGCUGCCCGUUGAAGAAGGAUCACCGUCGUAUGUGAAGUUUUUGGAAAGGGAGUGUUGACACAAUUAAUGGUGGGGGCGGGACCAAAAGGGACCCCCCUAAAAAACAAAAAAACAAGAAUUAUCAGUAUUAAUGUGUACCAUAACAACAAAAAUACUUAGGUGUAGUUGUAGUAGUAAGUUAAUUAAUUU